UCCGUCUCAACCACCGAUAAAAACCAAACCAAACAACUGUUAUGUGGCAAAAUUGGUUGAACCAUACUGUCAUUGCGACUACCAUUUGUACGAACCCGAAAUGGGCAGGUAUAUGAAACUGGCAGAGAAGGAAAAGGCGCUUUACGAAGAACUGGAUAUUCUCAAGAAAAGAAUGGCUGUUCUUGUGAGCGACAUUUUAGAUCAUCCUUGUGAUACCGACGACGAAAAAAUGAAAACUGUUUAUGAAACCGACUAUGUGAAACGAGGAUUAAAUCUUGUGCAGUAUAGAAAAUUGAUGCCCGCAAUUGACUCGCCAGUUGGUAUUCCCGUGAAGAGCGAAACAAUUGGGAUUGGAAGAGGAUAUCGAGACCCCACCCGAUUCAGAUACUCGGAAAUUCAGAAACCGUUCAUAGACGUUUGUUCGCCAGUUUCAUUUGUGAGAACUGCUACUCUGGUUGACGAGUGGUUUGCCCCUAGAACAGGCAAUACAGAAUACCAAGACUCUUACAGUAAAAUGGGUCUAAACAUUUUAAAAAGCAGUCAACAGUAUGCGGAGCCUCUGCCUUCAUCUAGACGAAAACCGAACGAUAGAUGUGGAUGAUUUUUUGACUUGAACUUUCAGGUGUAGAUGUCGAAAAUCCGUAAUUAAUAUUGUAAAUAAAUGAUUUAUUUCAUAAAUUUACAUAACAA